AUGAAGAUGUUAUCACUUAAUUCUAAAUGUGAGUAUUGACCUUGUAUGUUCCCUCCUUCUCUCUGUCUGUAGUUGGACUUGUCUGCUGCGCAGGCGUCUCUGCGCGGUCGGCGAGAGCUGCUGGAGGAGGCGUGUCUCACCCACACCAGGAAGCGCCGGGUGUUGACCCCAGACGACCUCCGCCACCUCAUAGUGGACGAUAAGCACGGUCUGCUGUACUGCUACGUCCCCAAGGUGGCUUGCACCAACUGGAAACGCGUCCUCAUGGUCCUGACGGGGGACGGACGCUACCGUGAGCCCCUAGCCAUCCCUGCCAACGAGGCCCACGUGGCGGGCAACCUUCGCACGCUGUCAGAGUACUCCACUGGCGAGAUCAACCACCGCCUCCGCAGCUACCUGAAGUUCAUCUUUGUUCGGGAGCCCUUUGAGAGGCUGGUGUCGGCCUACCGCAACAAGUUCACCCGUAGCUACAACACGGCCUUCCACAAGCGCUACGGCACCAAGAUCAUCCGCCGGCAUAGGCCCGACCCCGAGCCGGAGGCGUUGGAGCAGGGCAACGACGUCUCCUUCCAGGAGUUUGUGUACUACCUGGUGGAUCCCCGCACACAGAGAGAGGAGCCCUUCAACGAGCACUGGGAGCGGGUCCACUCACUGUGCCACCCCUGCCUCAUCCACUACGACGUGGUGGGGAAGUAUGAGACUCUGGAGCAGGACUCCCGCUCUGUGCUGCGGCUGGCCGGCGCUGACGGGGAGGUCCACUUCCCCACCUCAGGCAAGAGUACCAGGACCAACGGGGACAUGACGGCUCAGUUCUUCCACAACAUCAGCCCCUUCUACCAGAAGAAGCUGUACAACCUCUACCGCAUGGACUUCCUGCUGUUCAACUACUCCAACCCAGAGUACUUGAAGUUUAGGUGA